ACCAGCAAAGCUCCCCUGCCCAUCCUCUGUUCUGCAUCUUUUUCUAUCACUGCUUCUUCGCUGACGCCCGGACGAGCUACCAUGGCAAAGGCUCUCAACAGUACCUCUGAUAUUUUGCUUCUGCCCGACCUCAGGCACGAAGAUCUCUUCAUCGCUGGCGACAAAUGCAACCUUUCGCCACCUGAACUUCACUCCAGCAACGGGGAUUCUGUUUCAGCGCUCUCCCGGCGUGUUGCCCAGUCGUUCCUCCACAAAGACGAAGACUUCAACUCUCUACUCAUCAAGCGAAAGCAGAACUCUUCUGCUUCUUCUAAGCGCGCCGGCGAUGAAUUUUACCAAAAUCGAUCUUUUACAGAGCAAAAGCUUGAACUUGCUCGAUUUCACGAUCUCGAACAGCAACAACUGACGAAAAAUCAGCUGUCCACUGCUCGAAGACUGCAGAGCAUAGCAAAAGUUUCUCGUCCGCUUGGCUUCUUAUCUUCCUCAGCUUCGCCGUCGGUUUUGCAAUCCCAGGCUAGCUCCGGCAUGCAUGUGGUAUUUCUCAAUCCUCGAAAGGAAUCCUCCGGCACCGGCGUGUUUCUUCCCCGGCAACCUGGAAGCCCUAACAAGCCGAGAAAGCAGCCAGCUUGCUCGACUGCUCUGCUUCCUGCUAGAGUUGUUCAAGCUUUGAACUUGAAUCAGGACGAUCUUUGCUUAUAUCCUCGCGCCCCAAGCCAUGGAAUCGAUUUAGCCGGAAACCAAAAGCGCAGCAGCAGCAUAAACCAGUCAACGUGGCCAGCCGGCGCCGCCGAUCGGUUGCCAUCGGAGUGGACCUACUGACAUCUCCCAUUUUAUCUAUUAAUGCAUAUAACAGUUCAAAGUUAGUAAAUAGAAAGAAAAGCUAGCAACACAUAUAUUACAGGGUGAGUGGAUUGAGGAAGAAGACGAGAAAGUUUCAUUUUAUUUACUUUUAAUUUGCUGGACAUUUUAGUAUUGGAUUUGAACAAAGGAAAGAAGUAUUUGGAUCGAAGGUAAAGAUUAAUGGAUUGGGGGGAGUGUUUGGUUUUGUAAAUAAUAUAGUCAUCUUUUUACUUUUCUCUUCCAUCUUGUUUCUUGAAAUAAUGGCAGAGCUUGUAAUAAUACUAGAAUUUGAGAA